AUGGUGAAUACAUUCGUUCAUGAGAUCACUGGCAAGUGGCCUGGGAAGUGCUGGCUCAGCAGAUUCGUUAAACGGUGGCCUAGAGCGAUCCAGUCCAAAUACCUCCUUCCUAUCGACUCAGCACGCAAGAAGGCUGACUCACUUUGGUCCUAUAGUGAGUACUUCGGGCAUCUUCAACAAAAGAUGCAGCAGUACGAGGUGGAGCCUGAGAAUAUGUAUAACGUUGAUGAGAAAGGAUUCAUGAUUAGUACCAUGAAGAAGCAAAAGCGAGUCUUUAUAAAAGAGGCUUACGAAAGAGGCUCCUUGCUAGGCAAUAUCCACGAUGGUAAAUGUCGGUGUUGA